AUGGAAAUGAUUCCUCAAACAAUAAUGCAAUCUAAUAGCAAGGAUGAUGAUUUAUUUCUCGAUGAUGAAAUUAAUGAUGUGUCAGCUGAAGUCCAACAUGGGAUUUUUGGAGGUCGUGGUGAAUGCACUAUUGGUGGAUGUGAUUAA